UCCUCCUGUACUAGGACCCCUCUGGAGUCUUGCACUGGGGUCUGGGGUCCUAUUACCUGUAACACAGCAGUGAAGUGAGUGGUGAGAGUAAACCAAGUCCUGCCAAGUCUGGAAACACAAAAGAGAAGAGAAUGCUGUUCUGUAAUGAGAGAAUUGGAAUGCCUCGGUUCAGACACGUUUAAAGGGAUCCGGCUUGAAGAACAAAUCAGUGAGAAACACUUCAAUGAAAGCAAACGGUGGAAAUGUUUGGAACCAUAUCGUUUAUUCUGCUUGAUUUGCUUCACCGAGGAGAUAAGAAACGACAGGGAAUGAUAGAUAUGCAAAGUCCCAUUCCAGUGCUCAGAAAGUAAACAGAGUGCAAAGUCCUCUUGUCUAAACCUGGCCUCAGUCCCAAACCCCGCCUCUUAGAGCUGAACUCAAUUCCAGGAAAUCAGCACAGUGAAGUUUCUGUUGUGAAAUCGUCAGUCUCUCUGCUUCGCUGCAGGAAGAAUGGCUUCAAACUUGUGGUCAGAGGAGCACUUGAACUGUUCAGUGUGUCUGGAGCUAUUGAAGGACCCAGUCGCUAUUCCAUGUGGACACAGUUACUGUAUGGGGUGUAUUAAGAACUGCUGGGAUCAGACUCAUCAUACAGGUGUCUACAGCUGCCCCCAGUGCAGAGAGACCUUUACGGCAAGGCCUGUUCUGUGCAGAAACACCGUGCUGGCUGAAGUUGUGGAGAAAUUAAAGAAGACAGGACUCAAUCCUCCUCCUGCUCAAAGUUAUGCUGGACCUGGAGAUGUGCCGUGUGAUUUCUGCACUGGGAGAAAGUUCAAAGCUGUGAAAUCCUGUUUGACGUGCCUGGCCUCUUACUGUGAAACACAUGUCAAGCCACACAGUGAGGUUACUCCAUUAAAGAGGCACAAGCUGGUCAAUGCAACUGGAAAUCUGGAGCAGAAGCUUUGUGCUGAACACCAACGAUUAUGUGAGGUCUUCUGUAGAACCGAUCAGACGUGUAUUUGCUUGUUGUGUACACAAGAUAAACACAAGACUCAUAAUACGGUCUCAGCUGAGACAGAAAGGACUGGGAAACAGAAGCAGCUGGGAGAGACACAGACAGAAAUACAACAGAGAAUCCAGGAGAGACUGAAAGAAGUGAAGGAGCUCAAACAGGCUGUGGAGUCACUGAAAAGAUCUGCAUGCAUAGAAAUAAAGGAAAGUGAGAAGAUCUUUACUGAGCUGAUCCGAUCCAUUGAGAAGAUCCACACUGAGGUUAUUGAGCUGAUUGGAGCUAACGAGAAGGCUGCAGUGAAUCACGCUGAAGGACGCAUGAAGAAACUGGAGCAGGAGAUUGCUGAGCUAAGGAGGAGAAACACUGAGCUGAAACAGCUUUCAGAGACAGAGGAUCACAUUCAUUUUCUACAGAAUUUCCAGUCUCUCUGUGCCCCUCCUGAAGCUGGAGACUUACCCAGCGUUACUGUCAAUACAGACAUCUCUUUUGGGGCUGUGAGGAAAGCUGUAUCUGAACUUAAAGACCAUAUUGAGGACUUCUGCAAGGGGGAAUUAGUCCAUAUAACCACAACAGUGAAUGAAGUUGCAGUUUACAGUCUGCAGGCUCCAGAGCCAAGGAACAGAGCUGAGUUUUUAAAAUAUUCCUGUCAGCUCACACUGGACCCCAACACAGCGCAUAGAGAGCUCUGUCUGUCUGAAGGGAACAGAAAGGUGACACGGAGGAUAGAGACCCAGCGAUCUCCUGAUACCCCAGAGAGAUUUGAUUUCUAUCCCCAAGUGCUGUGCAGAGAGGGUUUGUCUGGGACUCGCUGUUACUGGGAGAUUGGGUGGAGUGGGGAAGAUGCUGAUAUAGGAGUCACAUAUAAAGGAAUCAGCAGGAAAGGAGGGGAUGAUUCAUGUGCUAUUGGAGACAAUGAGAAGUCAUGGAGUUUAUUCUGCUCUGAUUUCAGUUACGCUGCCUGGCACAAUAACAAUGAAACUGAAAUAACUGCCCCCCUCUCCCCCAGAAUAGGAGUGUAUCUGGACUUUAAUGCCGGCACUCUGUCCUUUUAUGGCGUCUCUGACACAAUGACCCUCCUGCACAGAUUCCAAACCACAUUCACUGAGCCUCUCUAUCCUGGGUUUAGGCUUUGGGAUUAUGAUUCCAGUGUAACAAUCUGCCAGCUGAACUAGACUGUCUUGUGUUGUAAGAAACCCUUUGUAUUGAACUCCCUGUCUGUCCUCUCCACUCCUUGGCUGAAGGGAAUGUUCAAUCUGACACAACUUUGGAUGAAAGUUAGGGUUAAAACGGCGCCCCCUGCAGCGUGAAACGAGGUGAAUUAUUUGUUUUUACACUUGGGGCCGAGGCAGCCUCAUUUUUACUGUUUAAUCUGUCAGGGGAGUGUUUUUGUAAUUGUAAACACUCACAACUGGACAGCUGUUUCAGCAUCAAAUGUUCAACAUGUCCUGAGUAUUUAUUGAUUACAAACACAUACACAGCACCAAGUGGCAGACUUAGUUGGCAUCUCUGCACAGUGCUAGAAUUCCCACAGCAAGUACUGAGAAGUAUCUCUUAAACUGAUUGUAGCUCACUAAAUAAUCCCACAAUGUGUUCCUAUAUUGCACUUCCAUUGGCUACAUAGGUCUCAAAUGUGCAGGUUUGAAAAACAUGACGGGCAAGAUUCUCAGAAAACCAUGAUCUUGUUUCGAAUUGGAUUUUGUCUAUCAAAUGGAUAUUUAUAGAUAUUUAUAGUAUCUAGCUGAACUAUUUGGGAUUUAGGUGUAUCUGGCAAAUCUAUAAACCCUGGGGCUUCAUACAUACCUUUAUACAGGCAAGCAAUAGGUACAAAAUGCCCUUUCCUCGUGUUAUUAUUAGAAUUUUGUUUGUAAAUGAUCCCAUUCUGAAAUGGUUGGAUAAUUACCCUAACGAGCAUUUAAUUAGAUGCACCGGGUCUACUCGUCAGGCAGUUCAAAGUUUCAAUAUUAUAACUGUUUGCUUAUUUGAACAAUAAUGCGAGUGAAAUAUCAUCACAAGAAAGAAGACAUUUCCAUGGAUAUCGUAAAUCCCAAUCAAACUGCAUUACAUGUGCAAUCUGCCCACAGUGGAAAAGCAGAAACGUGUUUUAAGCCUGGCCUUUGUCGCCCUCUUCAGGACAAACUGUGCAGCUGCGUAGGGCGUGAUUGAAAGCAAUUCUUUUCACUUGGUGUGGUUCCAUUGGAAAUGUAGGGCCCUAUUCACACAACCUUGAGGACUGUUCUAAGCGCUGUUUUAUUAAAGACUCUUUAUUG